AUGGCGACAUUCCUCCCAUGGGAGAUAAUCGUAGACAUUCUCUGCCGAUUACCGGUGAAAGAUCUGCUCCGGUACAGGUCCGUAUCGAAGUCAUGGUGCUCCCUGAUCGACGGCCAUGAUUUCAUCAAGCUCCACCUCAAUCAUUCCCUAAAAACCAACUCCGACGUCGGCGUCGUCUUCGGAGGCCGCAACGACCUCUGCUGGCUCGACUUGGACGAUCUCAACUCGGCCGAACGACUCCCUCACCCAAUAGACAUCGGAACCGGGAUCGACGUGGUCGGAGGCUGCAAUGGCUUGCUUGCUCUGAUGAACUCUAAUGGAGAUAUGGCUGUCUGGAACCCAUCCACUCGAAGGUACAUCAGUCUACCCAUUUCUGAUCAUUUCGCUUCAUUUCCAUUCCAUGUAUUCCAAGUUCUCAUCACUGGAUUUGGACACGACCCCAUUACUGACGACCAUAAGGUGUUACUGAUGAUCAAUUUUAGCGGGAUAAUUGUUGACUCUUUUCACUGUGAGGCCAAGGUUUAUAGUUUAAAGGCCAAGACUUGGAAGAGACUUGAUCACUUCCCGAAUCACAUUGUUUACCAUCGUGAGAAUGGAGUCCUUUUUGCUAAUGCCUUGCAUUGGUUGGUGAAUUUAAAGUCCCAACCCUCAAGCUCAAUUUUUGUUUUUGAUCUUGUGACUGAAGAUUACCGCGAGGUGGCACUGCCGGAUUAUAAGGGUGCAAAGACUUGUUGGGUGAAGUUGGUGAACAUAGGAGGGUCCUUUUGUGUUGCAGUUUUGCCGAAUCAGGAUUCGGAAAUUAAGAACUCAGACCGGGUUGAGGUGUUGGUGAUGAAGGAAUAUGGGGUUAAGGAGUCAUGGACUAAGCUAUUUUCAGUGGUAUCAUCGAAAGUGACUGGGCCUUUCAGUUACAUGAUCCCUGUGGCGUAUUUGAAGGGUGGUGAUCAGGUUUUGUUGGAUCAAGACGGUGAGAAACUCCGUUUGUUUGAUAUGAAAAGGAGGAGGGUCAAGAAUACGACGGUGGGUUCUGGUUUUCCUAUUAUUUGCGACACACUUGUUUCUGUGAGAAGCCUUGUCGGAGUUGAUGGUGAUGCUGAUGGAGGAAGCGCUUGGAAGAAAGCAGGAAAGAACAACAACGUCAAAGAAAAGAAGCAGAGUGUGAAGAAGAGGUAA